UCUUAAAUACGUAUCACAUAUAAAUAAGCAAAAAUUAAUUGUUUAAACAUGCAUAGCACAGAACUCACCUAGUUAUAAAAAUAAAUUUCUAACCUAGUCUAGUUUCCAUUAUAAAAAAGACAACAAAAAUUUGAACCACACCCAAGCAUUGCUGAAAAUUUCCCCUAAUGUUGUUCGUAACUAGCCGUUAUCUUUCUCCUCAAUUCAAAAAACUACUUUCACCAUCAAACCCACUUUUGAAAUUCUCCAUCUCCACUAUCUCAACAACAACAACUAACCAUGUCGGACCUCCACCAAUCCGAGUUGAUAUCACCGAGUCAGCAGGUCGAGGAGUUUUCGCAACUCGAAGAAUCGAAGCUGCUGAACUCAUUCACACUGCAAAACCAGUGAUUUCUCACCCUUCUCUCUCCAAAAUCGAUUGCGUUUGUUACCUUUGCCUUAAGAAAUUGAAGUUCAGUAACGAUUCUCAGACUCGGGUUGAUCGAUUUUGCUCCGAAGAAUGUCAUCAAGAAGCUAAGGCAUAUUAUGAACUAGAGAAGAAGGCAGAUUGGUCCGAUUACCACAAGUACUGCAGAAAUUUGGGAUUGAAGUAUCCACUUUUGGUAAAGCGGUUAGCAUGUAUGGUAAUAGCUGGAGCAGCAUCUGCAGACUGCAUUCAUAUACUUCAACCUGCUCAUAUAAUACCCAAGAUUGAAGUGGAAUAUAGCAUGCUUAGGAGUGCUAUCGAAGGAUUAAAUAUAACGAAGGAAAAUUUAAAUUUUUUGUCAGAGCAGUGGUAUGCUGAUGUAUUGGCUCGUGUACGUAUUAAUGCAUUUCGAAUUGAAAUGGUUGCUGGGUCAUAUGAUGAUCUCCAUGCACUGGCAGCAGCAUCAGUAGAAGCUGAAGCUGGAGUUGGGAAUGCUGUUUAUAUCCUUCCUUCAUUCUACAAUCAUGAUUGUGAUCCUAACGUGCAUAUUAUAUGGAUAGACUCUGUUCAUGCAAGGCUGAAAGCACUUCGUGACAUAGAAGAAGGUGAAGAGCUUCGGAUAUGUUAUAUUGAUGCUAGUUUAGAUCACAAUGCUCGCCAAGAUAUUCUUCAAGGAGGAUUCGGUUUCAAGUGCUCUUGUCCUCGCUGUUUGUCCAGUGACUAGUGAUCCAUAACUACUUUAUUGUGCUUGUGAGGAAAUCCCAUGUUUUCAUCUUUUCUUGCCAUUUAAUGCAUAUACUUACAAGAUUAAGGAGGAUCUAAGAAGUAGGAACUGCAUGCAGUUUUGUAAAAAGUAUGUAGAAAGAUUUACUCUUCAUUAGGAAGAUUGGAAAGAAGCACAAGACAACAGUUUAUGGAAUACUGAAGUACUUAACAACAAUAUUAGCUAACUCCUAGCAAUUUCUAUCAAAUGUGUGUUUAGGUGUUUAAAUAGGAAUAUCCUCAAAUUUAAACAAUCUAAGUGAAACCCUAAUAAAGGGACUAUCUUUAAAAAAAAAUUAAAAAUGAAAAAAAAAAAUAGAAAUUUGUUAUGAUAAUAUCUAAAUAUGGAUGACUAUUAUCCCAUGUACAAUCUAGAAUAUUCUAGAGUUGGGUAUUUGGUCUUAUCCAUUAAUGGAACCCUAGGAAAUGUACAUUAUAUAUAUCCCGUACUAGAUGGAAUAUAAAAUACAACGUAACAAUCUUCCCUCAUCUCUCUUUAUUUUCUCUUCCAUAUUUAACACGUUAUCAACACCAUUGCUAGUCAACUGAGUAGGAUUACCAAACAUUUAUGUAGAAUCCCAUAUUAUUAUUAUCAUGUAAGUAUGAUCGUAGCCUAUAACAAUUAUAAUUUAACAUUUAUCUACUUUUGCAUGCUUAUUUAUUGGAAUAUCAACAUAUAUAACGAAUACAGAGCAUGAUAUAUAAUUUAAG